AUGAUUAUGGUUCUUACUUGGCAUGAUUUCGAAACAUGUUUCUCGAGGCGGGAAGGCCAUCGCGGUUCCUUGCUCGGACUGUGCUCGCUCCGCUUUUUACAAAUCAUUGGGGCUUAUUUGUUUAUCCAUGGUGUAUUUCCUAGUGGGGGCGAAAUCUACGCGCAAGUAUACAUUCGCGCAAAGAACGUACACCCUUCUAGAAGUGGCAGGUCAAGCUAUGACUAUUUUGAUGAUGAGCCCAUGCGCCAUGCGCCGGCCGGACCACGUGAGGGUCUCGGGAUGCCCGGCACGGCUGGUGAUGAUCUGCACAGCCCGGCCCAGAACGCGAAUGCCCGGUCUGGGCUGCCGGAACAAAAGAGAGCCAGGGAGUCGUUUGCAGCGGCCGCUCUUUCGGAGGAGGGAUCGAAACACGCGGCGGUAUGCAUCUCUGUGUGGCAGUGA